GCCAGAGCCAGAGCCGGAUCCCCGCCGGAGCCGGAGCGCAGCCCGCACCCAGCGCGUCGGCCGAGCCGGAGCCAACGCAGCCUCGGCCCCGCAGCCCAAGCCUCGUCCCCGCCGCCGCCGCCCCCGGGGCAUGGCCUGUCUGAUGGCCGCUUUCUCGGUCGGCACCGCCAUGAACGCCAGCAGUUACUCUGCAGAGAUGACGGAACCCAAGUCGGUGUGUGUCUCGGUGGAUGAGGUGGUGUCUGGCGGCAUGGAGGCCGCUGAGACGGACCUGCUGAAUGGGCAUCUGAAGAAAGUAGACAACAACCUCACGGAAGCCCAGCGCUUCUCCUCCUUGCCUCGGAGGGCAGCUGUGAACAUCGAAUUCAGGGACCUUUCCUACUCGGUUCCUGAAGGACCCUGGUGGAGGAAGAAAGGAUACAAGACCCUUCUGAAAGGAAUUUCUGGGAAGUUCAACAGUGGUGAGCUGGUGGCCAUUAUGGGUCCUUCUGGGGCAGGGAAAUCCACGCUGAUGAACAUCCUGGCCGGAUACAGGGAAACGGGCAUGAAGGGAGCGGUCCUCAUCAACGGGCUGCCCCGGGACCUGCGCUGCUUCCGGAAGGUGUCCUGCUACAUCAUGCAGGACGACAUGCUGCUGCCGCACCUCACCGUGCAGGAGGCCAUGAUGGUGUCGGCACAUCUGAAGCUUCAGGAGAAGGAUGAAGGCAGAAGGGAGAUGGUCAAGGAGAUACUGACAGCCCUGGGCCUGCUGUCUUGCGCCGACACGCGAACGGGGAGCCUGUCAGGUGGCCAGCGAAAGCGCCUGGCCAUCGCGCUGGAGCUGGUGAACAACCCUCCAGUCAUGUUCUUCGAUGAGCCCACCAGUGGCCUGGACAGCGCUUCCUGCUUCCAGGUGGUCUCACUGAUGAAAGGGCUGGCUCAGGGGGGGCGCUCCAUCAUCUGCACCAUCCACCAGCCCAGCGCCAAGCUCUUCGAGCUGUUUGACCAGCUUUACGUCCUGAGUCAAGGACAAUGUGUGUACCGGGGAAAAGUCUCCAAUCUUGUGCCAUAUUUGAGGGAUUUGGGUCUGAACUGCCCAACCUACCACAACCCAGCAGAUUUUGUUAUGGAGGUUGCAUCUGGCGAGUAUGGUGAUCAGAAUGGUCGCCUGGUGAGAGCGGUUCGGGAGGGCAUGUGUGAUUCCGACCAUAAGAGAGACCUUGGGGGUGAUGCCGAGGUGAACCCUUUUCUUUGGCACCGGCCCUCUGAAGAGGUAAAGCAGACAAAACGAUUAAAGGGGUUGAGAAAGGACUCCUCAUCCACGGAAGGCUGCCACAGCUUCUCCGCCAGCUGCCUGACACAGUUCUGCAUCCUCUUCAAGAGGACCUUCCUCAGCAUCAUGAGGGACUCGGUCCUGACGCACCUGCGCAUCACCUCGCACAUCGGGAUCGGCCUCCUCAUCGGCCUGCUGUACUUGGGGAUCGGGAACGAAGCCAAGAAGGUCUUGAGUAACUCGGGCUUCCUCUUCUUCUCUAUGCUGUUCCUCAUGUUCGCGGCCCUCAUGCCCACCGUCCUGACGUUUCCUCUGGAGAUGGGAGUCUUUCUUCGGGAACACCUGAACUACUGGUACAGCCUGAAGGCCUAUUACCUAGCCAAGACCAUGGCGGACGUGCCCUUCCAGAUCAUGUUCCCGGUGGCCUACUGCAGCAUCGUGUACUGGAUGACGUCGCAGCCGUCCGACGCCGUGCGCUUCGUGCUGUUUGCCGCGCUGGGCACCAUGACUUCCCUGGUGGCGCAGUCCCUGGGCCUGCUGAUUGGAGCCGCCUCCACGUCCCUGCAGGUGGCGACCUUCGUGGGCCCAGUGACGGCCAUCCCGGUGCUCCUGUUCUCGGGGUUCUUCGUGAGCUUCGACACCAUCCCCACAUACCUGCAGUGGAUGUCCUACAUCUCCUAUGUCAGGUAUGGGUUUGAAGGGGUCAUCCUCUCCAUCUACGGCUUAGACCGAGAAGAUCUGCACUGUGACAUUGACGAGACAUGCCACUUCCAGAAGUCGGAGGCCAUCCUGAGGGAGCUGGACGUGGAAAACGCCAAGCUGUACUUGGACUUCAUCGUGCUCGGGAUCUUCUUCAUCUCACUGCGCCUCAUUGCCUAUUUUGUGCUCAGGUACAAAAUCCGGGCAGAGAGGUAAAACACCCGGAUGCCAGUAAAGAGGAAGAUUAGACACUGUGGCCGAGGGCCCGUCUAGAAUCAAGGAGGCAAGCCUGUGCCCGAACAACGAUGCAGAGACUCUUCUGAUCCAACCCUAGAACCGCGUUGGGUUUGCGGGCGUUCAGCUGCUCCGCCCAGCUCGGCUGGGUCUUCUCUCCACUCCCCUUUCUAGCUUUAACUAGGAAGACGUAGGAAGGUUGGUGGUUUUUCUUUUACAUACAGGAUUUUAAAUACCAGAACUGAGGCAAAAUUUAAAACUGCAACACAGCUGGUGACGAGAGACUUGCUCGGUCAGUCCCGUUCCUCGUUAGCACCAGGCACCCUGGGUCCUGGGUGGGGAACCACAAGCACCCUCUCAGCUGAUGGCUGUGCAGUCAGAGGCCUCGGGGCAGAGGGUCCAGGCAUGGAGCGACUCCACGUUAUGACUGUUGUUUUUCAUAGUUUCAUCUUUCUAAGGUGUGUCUCUUUUCCAAUGAGAAGUCAUUUUUGGAAGCCAAAAGUUCAUAGAAUACAUUCACUUUAAGAAAUUGUACCUUUUUAGUACUAGAUGAAGGAUGAUUCAGGGUAAAUUGCGUAUUCUGGUUAGAGAGGAGAGGGGUUUAACUGAAUCACUAGCUGGUCUCAUACAGAGACAGCACUUGUGAAGGAUUGAAUGCAGGUUCCAGGCGGAGGGGAGAUGUGGGCGCCAUCUACACUGAGCCAUGCAGAAUUUUUUAAAAGCUAUACAAAAAGUUGUAAGAAGACAUUGGCCAACUCUUUCAAAGUCUUUUAUUUUCCACAUGCUUCUCAUUUCAAGCAAAAUAUGUUGUUUGUUUCUCCCUAGCUUUCUGACUACCUUAAUUUUGCCCUGGUUGAUUUAAAAAAAAAAAAAAAAAAAAGUUUUCCUUUCCUCCUGUAUCACAUCAACUACCUCUGCUGAACCUGGAAGAACGGGGCUUAGGGAAGUUUCAGGUGCGACCUUUGAGGGUUGGCUCUGCAGGAGCAGCCAGCAGUGACUGAUGGGCUAAGUGCACAGGACGGGAGGAUGGCAACAGGAUGGCAUCGGAACGCAAGGGCUUAGGGCGAAGUCAGCAGACUUCAGCGUGCCGAGGCAUUUGAAACCUGAUCACACAACGCAUUUAGAGUGGUGGGGGCAUUUCAUCUCUGGCUUUUGUGACCUCACAGCCACAUCACCACCUCGGUGUUCAGCUUGUGUAAACUUUGCAUAUUGGAAACCCCUUCUUUCCUGUGACGGAGUUGCAUGAGUAAAGUCCUGCUAGGGAAGGCACAGUGCCUAUCUGGAGGUCAGGUGGCUUUGAAUCCGUAACAAGGCUGCCUGUGCACUUGACCGCUCUCGGAGGCAGUUUGACCUCACGCAGAGACGGCGGUGCCAGCCAAAGACGUCCGUCUUUCAGAAAAUGCCGUUGUUUCCUCCUUCCAGAAUGUCACGAUCAAAUCAGGACUUCCAACUGAAAGACUGUGUUUUUGCGGGCAAAUCAGUGAACCUCUCUGAGCCACGUUUUUCCUCAUCUGUGAACAGUGGCACUACGUUGUACUCAAGGCCAUUGCCAGCCCAAAGGUGGUGGGAUUCCUCGGUCACGUCCCUGAAGCUCGUUUCUCACUUGAAAGAACGAAGAGGGUCUGAAUUUUAUUUACACAUGGAUUUAGUUUGUAAAUUCUUACAGAUUCCUUUUUUACUCCUAGAUCUUUUUUAGUUAACACAAUUGGGGUCGAUAUUAAAGUGUAAUUUUAAGUGUGCUUGUUCUAUACAAAUAUGGCAUUGCCUUCCAGAUUUAGUUUUUAACCAGAGUCCAACUUAGCCUUUAUGAAAAGUCCUCAUUUAAUUUCAAAAUAUAUCUUCUUGUAAGAUGUUGUUCAUAGGGAAGACCUACACAGGACCAGCCUGGUGAAAUACAGAAUUGGAAAAGGCCGAAAGUCCUUGCUCAUGGCUCAGAACUACGUGGAGUGAGGUCAGUGUUGAAAGCGCCAGUUCCCUGCGGGCGAGCCUUUCCCAUUGUGGAUUUGUGUUGUGGGCUCAUGGCCCUAGCAGGGGUGUGUCUGUCAGGGACUGUGCACGGCCCACAGCCCUGCUCCAGAAGCAGCUCGGUCUCGUUUGCUGAGGCCACUCGCUGUGCCUCAUCAAUUUCAGCAGGAAAGAGUGAGAUGCUUCUAGAGUUAAAAUCUGCUUUCCAAGAGCACCUGAGCCCUCUGACAGAAUUACUUUCGUAGGAGUUCGAUCGGGGUACUUCCAAGGGGAAGAGCUUGGGAACCAUGAGUGCUGUUAGGCUGCAAGAAGGGAAUGGAUAUGUGAGAUCACGGGGGUUUAUUUUUUGAAGGAAUGGAGCUGCCUGGCUGGAGCUCGCGGAGCUCUGGGUAGUGCAGCACCUAACACCGAGCUCCUCCUACGCCUUGCUCACCUGGACUGGAGUAGGUAAGGAUUCUGCAGUCAUUGUCCCAGGACGCCUUUGCUUAGCCGUCUCCUGCAGACUGGAGGGAAACCACAGCCAGGAAAAGAGAGGGUGCGUCUGUCCCAGGCGCAGCUGGCAUCCCUCUUCCAGGUUCAGCAGGGGUCCCUGGUUGGGCAUUUUCCUCAUAACCCAUGGCAGCGUUGGCUCAAAUGCUAUUGUUUAGCUUUCCAGAUAUUUCCCCUCUGCUUUUUGUUUGGUAAAAUGCCUUACUCCAGUGACCUAAGCUAACAGCAAGCUACUCACUGAUUUACUCCCCUAGCUAGCAGGGGUUAAGGGGCACAUGGUGAUGUGCUGUCUUUCACACGCUGAAACUUAAACGCAGGCCAACUCCCCAAAUCUAAUUUGUUUCAGUAAUUUCUGAAUGCAGUGACUCAGAUAUUCUUUUCCUCUCUGGUUGUCUUCAGUUGGAAGGAAGGAUUAAAGUUUGGACAAAGAUCCGCAGCCCCCGCAGUGGUUAGUAUAGGUGAACGUGGGUGUUUGAGUGAAACUGCUGGGGCCUUCCGCCUUUGUCCCCAUCCGAAGUAUUUUGUGCCUCUCUUUCUUCUCUGGCUGAACAUCAACUGGAGAUUGAAUUCUCUGAAAGUCCCCACAUGGGUGAAGUGGGCAGCUGUUCCCAGGAAGGGGAGUAACUGCAAAGUUUUACACAGUCGAUGCUGGAAUUGGAUUAUAUCACCUGGGGGACGUGCCUGUAGGACCAGGAAAUGGGACAUGGAGAUUCCAGGUGAAAACUCGUCGUAGAAACCCACAAACAGUCAUUCUCCCAGCCUGACAUCAGGGGCAGACCACACCCAUGGGGCAGAAACCAGGCUUGGUUGUUUGAGCCAGAAGAGAAGGCACGAGGCCUGGUGCACCGAGCACCUUUCCUCAUGGCUGGUUCCAGGUGCCGGGCUGGAUGCCCUCGGAACCCCUCUGUCCCCUGCCCACUCCUCAAACCCUUACUGACCCACCCCUCUUGCCUGGUGCUGUCCCAGGCCCUGGAGGUUGGGGGGUGGGGACUCCAAUGUGGGCUUGCCCUCCAUUGUGAUGGGAGGGAACCACGUGGCCACUUGGCUUAGACCUGCUCAUGGUGCAGACUUGGAAUGCUGAGGCGGGGAGAGGCUUCGUGAUGUCCCCAGGGCCCCAGAGUCAGGAAGGAGCAGAGUGUGAAUUACAGCCCGGUUGGACCCCAAAGUCACUGUUUUGUUACUGCCUCCUGUUCAUGGCAUAUGAAUGUACCUGAGAUACUUUGUAAGGCAUAAAGUGCAAUACUAGCUUAGUGGUUGUUUGUUCAGUGAUUCAUUGUGUCUCCAAAUAGGUGGCUGAGAUGAGAGGGCAGCCCAAGCCUAAUGCCCGUCAAUGGCCUUGCAUCGGAGUGCCCGAGACAGGCACCUCUCUGCGGAGAGGGGCUGUCCUCUGCCCUUGCCUGCUUCUAGCUUCCUAGUGUAAUAGUCCUGUGGCCUAGCUUGGGCUUCAGCGGGGCGGGUGUGUGUGUGUGGUAUGUAUGCGUCUACCUACAUGCAAGCAUGUGUGCACACCUGCACACACAUAUAUGCACAUACACAUAUCCAUGCAGGUUUGCAGACUUGGCUCCAGGCAUGUGUCUGAUAGUAUUAUUCUAUCAUGUUUCCUUCAUAGAAUACCAGCCUCUGAAUCCUCAGUCAGCCCUUAUUGCAAGAAGAAAAAGAAAAACCUCUCUCAUUCCAGGUCUGUGCAGACGGGAAAAGUGUAGUCAGAACCCAUUAAGACUUUGGUCAAAUGCCAGCUGAAUUAGAACGCAAUGGAAGUUAGACAAACAACCCAGCUGGGCAGGCGGGGGAGGAGCAGAGUAUAUGAGUAUAAAGUUAGAGACUUCUAAGGAAUGAAGACUGCUAAUAAAAUAUUUUGUAUAAACUUUUUACCUGUGUUCAGUGUCAGAUGCUUCAAGGGAUUGGCUUGCAUUUUUCUCAGUGCAUGGAUUUUUAUGCUGUGUCUGGAGGACAUUUGUUGACCCCCCAGGAAGAGCACAGAUUUGUCACUUAUGUUCUGGUCUAAGACCUGGCUGUAGAUGAGCUCUUUCUCAAUAACGUUCAUGUUUUAUGUUGAAUUGUCUUAAAGUUUUGUGUUUCCUGUUCUCCCAGAAUCCUCACCCAUAUCCUCCUGCCUUGUAAUGUUGGCCAUGACCUCGAAACGUGCCUGAAGGAGGCUCACGGCAGGGCCAGGGAGAGGACACUGGGCCACACCUUACCUUUGGUCCUCUCCACCCUUGCAGGGGCUCCCUCAACCUGGGCUCUGGGUUGGUAGCUCAGGCAAGGCAAGAUCGCUUCUUCCUUUCUCUGCCUUGCUGGAAACCCAUUUCCCAGGCUCAGCUCUGUAGAGGCAGUGGCUAGUGGGAAAAGCAGCCCCUCUUGAGGUUUUGGUCCCAAAGUUGAGGUGAGCAGGGCGCAGAAGGAGCUCGGUGUUAGAUGCUGCAUUAGCCCGUAGCUCCCCAAGCUCUGGCCAGGCAGUGACCCUCAAAGCGAGGACUUCCCGGGACAGCAAUGGCUUAGGGCUGGGCUUUCAAAUCCAGCUUCCCUCCCACCUCUGGGACGCUGAGCAGAGAGCCGGGCUGGGUGAGGUCACAGAAUCGACACGCAGUGGCCCCUGCUCUCCUCCCAUUGUAGGCAGGCACCACUGGUGGCUGCCCCAGCUGUGCACGUGAGCUCCUGACCCCCACUUUGCUUCUCCCUCUGUAACCCCUGCCUCUCUGGACUGCCUGACCAUGCUGGGUCCAGCUAACAUUAAAGUCAUGGUCCUUCCAAGCCACUGUGCCUGGCCUGUCCCAUCAGGGAGAUUCUUCCAGGAUAAUCAUCCCCUGCAAAGGCAGGGGUUUCUGAUGUUCACACGAGGGGCUCACUUUUUUGAGAACAUCCCUGGGACCAGAGCAGGGGAGAAAUAGGAGACCCAGCACCCCAUGGCAGCCUAAUUUUCACUUAGAAGCUCAAUUCAGGCUGUCCUUAAAAUCUGUGCGCCCUGGGCAGGAAGGAAAUGUGGUGACGAGCAUGCACGCACGUCCUUCCCAUCCUUCCGCUGUGCUGGCCUGAAGUGCCCAGUAACCAUCCUGCAUCCUGCCCGUUUCCAUUUUCCAUAUUUGAGGAAACAGAAGGUUUAGCCUAGCCCAGUUUCUUAUCUCUGAACAGGCCAACCUGGAAUCACCCUCAUACAGACAUGUGUGGCUGCCCAGUGUGUCCGAGGCUCACUCAGAGACCCUGCUUUGCUGGGGUUGAGCGAACGGCACACGUGUCAGCAGAGGCUGAGGUUAGGACCCUGAGGCUUCCCUGUUCUCAGAAAUACUCUCCCGGCAUCAAAAGGAGAAAACAGUCACUGCCACUGGCUACCGCAUUCCAGCCUGGCAAGGGGUUACUGUGUGUAGAGGUACCAUUUGGGGCCUUUUCCACGUAGAAUGGCCUUUGUAAAGCUGAAGAGAAAGGAACAGAGCACAAAAGCACCUUGAUUUGUUGCAAACAUAGGCGGGUGGUGCCGGCUGGAUGAGUGCUCUGCAUUUUGAGGGCAUGCUGGACAGUGUGGGCAGAGGCAGCUCUGAGGGGCUCCUCUUCAUCUGUGGGCUAAGCUUGCCCAAGUCACUCCCCUUUUCCAGAAAGCCACCCCCAGGGGCACCAGCCUUUCCCGGCCCAGUUGAGGACACAGCCACGGGCACAUAUGUGUUUGUUUCACUGGGGUUCAUGGUUUGGGGCACAGUCUUCUAGCCCCGAGAUCUCCAGAAAGGCGUGAGCCCAAGUCACACGCCUGCAAAGUAGCUCAACUCAACAUUAUUACACUGAACUGUUUUCUCUCAGUAGAGUGCCACCAUCCUCUGGGUGUCUGCACUGAGCAAACAGACGAGAGAAUCUGGCUGAUCACUUUGGGCGCCUUUGGCCUAAACUUUGCACCUGACUUUCAGCGUGGCCCGGCCUGAUAGGCACAAAGUAAGAAAUGCUUUUCAUUUUAUGGUCCCUGAGUUACAAGACCAGAUCUCUGGAAAUGUGUCAGCCACGUGCUGUUACCUCUGGCCCACGUGGCUCAUUACCAUGAGGGCAGGUGAGCAGGGGCAGACGCCGAGGCCUGGCUGGUGUGCCUCCCUAGUGGCCUGUGUGGGGGACAGUCCUCUAGUCCCCAGACAAGUCUCCCUUAAAGGAGGUUUCUGUAGCCGAGAGCCGGCACUGGGAGUUGGCUCUUCACUGCUCCUUGCACCUGUCUAUGAGCCUCUGGAAAACAGUUUGCCAAAUGGGAGUGUGCGGCAGCCGGGGGACCGGCAGACGUGUCCGUUUCUGGGGAAGUCACCGAAACAAUCUCCCCUCCUAGGGGGCCCUAGUGUGCCCCCUCCUGCUGGUUGAAGUCCGGCCUCGAAGGGGACGGUUAGGGAGUUACGCAGUACGUGGGUUUAGGGUCAGCAGCCCCAGGUCCAUGGACUCCUGCUGAAUCCUGAACGCGCCUAACCUGAACGGUACCACAAUUUGGUUUGUCUAAAAAUAGGAUCAUAACCAUGGUAGCAACUUCAUUUUUACACCUUUGCAUUUUUACAUAUCUGUCUUUGUACAUCUUGGGGGGUCUCUUUUCCAUGACCUACCAGCUUCCCAAGCUUAAUAGCCAAUGUCUCACUAUGAGGUCCUUGGCCAAAUAAAAAUAGUAGCAAAACAUCCCAUCAUCCAAAUUGCUAAUAACACCGACCACCACACCCACACACUGGGGCUUUCCAUCUUCACAGCCUGAUCCUCUCUCCCGGACGGUGUGAAUGGGGGUCAGUUUUUCAAUCUAACAUCUUUGUUUAAUAAAUUCCUAUGUGUAGCUGACCCCUUUGCCUUUGUUUUUAUAGAUUUAUAUUUUUUCCUUUGUAGACAUAUUGAGGCAAAACCUGUUCCUAGUUGAAUCUGUCUCGAAUUGUUGCCUUUUAUUUGAUGAAGAACUGUCUAAAGGUUUUCCUUUGUUAUUUCUUCUAAAGCAAAAGUCAAUGCAAGUAACUCUAACAAGCGUGGAAACACGCAUACAUCUGUAUAUCUGCUAUGUAAUUAUAUAAUACCUGUUUUUAUAACGCUGUGUGGAUAACUUUACACUAAUUUAAUUAUCUGACUCUAGGAGGCGCUGUUGCUUUGCACGCUCUGAGCGGUUCAUGCUGUUAUCAGAUGAAUUCAGCAUAUUUACAUAUGUACAUGUAUAUACAUAUAUAUAUAUAUAUUCAAAAAUAAUGUGGGCUCUUUGGAGUGCCUGUUUCCUUGGUGGUUUCACUCCACUGGAACGUUGAACCUGAACAGACCCUAGGAUGUGAGCUUCCUGUCUCCACCUUACAGACCACAGAGCCCCAUGUCUAUUUCUGUAGACCUAUCUCCUUAGAUUUGUACAUGCGUUUUUUGCAGACUUGAACUUUGUUUUCUGAAAUUAGAUGCCAUUUAUGAUUAUGUGACAUCAAUCAAAUAAAGCAUCAUUAUUUUC